CGAUUGAGUACAGCCUUUGAAGUUUGUCAGUCUGACAGGUUCGAGUCUGUUUCUGUGAGGCCGUCCGUCGGCGGGGUCGAACCGAACCGGCGCGUUAAAAACAUCUGAAUAACAGCAGUUUCGCUUUAAUCACCAUUUAUUCUUUAGAUCAAACAUUUUAGAUUUGUUUGAUUUUCGCAGAAUGACAUACAGCGACGGGCUACGGUUUGUACGGACGGCGCGAGGCUACAGCGAACGUCUCUGACGGAGUUCGCCCGCAGACGCAGCGGGAGCGCACGUGGGCAGUCGCACGGUUCGAACCUUCGUCGCGAGCUCGUGCGUCGUCACAGAAACACAGGAAGAAGCGCAAAAACGGAUGUAAGACAUGACCCGCGCUGCGAGCGGGACCAGCCACGUUUUGCGUCUGUUCUCUGCUCGCCUCUAACUUUGACAUUUUAGCGGCACAUGAGACCCGACUAGCUAAGCUGCCGCUCCGCGUGGAUCGUUCGGUGGGCUGUCGGACCAGCAAAGUGAGACCGUUCUCAGCAGCGCGUGGAUAAAGUGAGGAAACAUGGGGACUCAGGGCACAGGACGGAAAAGAUCUACCAAGAAGGAGAGGUCGACGGCAGAAGACGAUGCCCUGAAUCUCAUAGCGAGAGAGGCCGAGGCCAGACUGGCAGCGAAGAGGGCAGCCAGGGCAGAGGCCAGAGAGAUCCGCAUGAGGGAGCUGGAAAGACAACAGAAAGAGAUCUUUCAGGUGCAGAAGAAAUAUUACGGCUUGGACACCAGAUUAGACGACCGAGGGGACAGUAAAUGGGGCGAUAUUGAACAGUGGAUGGAGGACAGUGAGAGAUACUCACGUUCUUCGCGGAUACAUACGCACUCGGACGACGAUGAGCGGAUGUCGGUGGGAAGCCGAGGGAGUGCCAGGUCGGAUCUUGACGUGGUCGGGGCUUACGGCGGAGGGGGCUCCUCUUCACUCUCGCAUAAGAAGUCAAAGAAAAAGAAGAAACAUAAGCACAAAGACAGAGAUAGGAACGGCUAUGACGAUGACUACAGUGUCAUCUCCAGCAGGAGCUCCAGACUGAGCGAUGACAGCCGAGUGUCUCGUGCCUCCAGAUUAGACCUGCAGCCGGUCUCUUACGCUUCCUCUGACUUGUACAGCCUCAAUGGACUGUCCUGUGCCAGAAACCCAGGUUCAGCUCUCAAUGGUUACCAGUUCUGCAGGUCCCUCAGUCAGAUCACCCAGCAGCUCGAUCGUAGGAGCUCCCUGUACGAAGACAGCGUCUGCAGUGGGUCACGGCGAGUCGCUGCUUCCACCUCUCAUCCAUUAGAGUACACUAGUUAUCGCAGCUCCAGCUCCAGAGCCUCCUCCAGGGCCAGUUCAGCCCGCACCAGCCCAGUGGACAACUGCAGCUCUGUUGCCAGUUUUUUGAGGAGUGCGGCCAGUAGCAGCGGCCUCCCCCGGGACCUGGACGAUGUUACUAUUCCUGAUUUUUCUGAUGUGGAGGACAGAGAUUAUCUUGAGAAGGGAUCUCGAGCAGCUUCUGCUUUGACAGCAGGAACCCUCACCUCUCUGGGCGGGACGUCCUCGCGGAGAGGAAGUGGCGAGACAGCUCUAACCUUAGACGCAGAGACCUCUAUACGAGAACUCAAGGAGAUUCACGAACUGAAGGAUCAGAUUCAAGACGUGGAAAUCAAGUACACGCAGAACCUAAAAGAAGCAAAGGAUGCACUAGCAGAGGUGGAGGAGAAGUAUCGUAAGGCCAUGGUGUCCAACGCCCAGCUGGACAACGAGAAGAACAACCUGAUGUACCAGGUGGACACGCUGAAGGACUCGCUGAUGGAGCUGGAGGAGAUGCUGUCUGAGUCGCAGCGAGGAUACGAGGAGAAAGUCAAGGAAUUGGAACGAGAGAAACAUGCCCACAGUGUGCUUCAGUUCCAGUUCAACGAGAUGAAAGAGACGCUAAAACAAAGCGAGGAGCUGCUAAAUGAGAUCCGUCAGCUGCGUAUGAAGCAGGAGGGUUUUGUUAGAGAAAUAUCUGACCUGCAGGAGACGGUGGAGUGGAAGGAUAAAAAAAUUGGGGCCUUAGAGCGACAGAAAGAGUACACAGAUGCAAUCCGAAUUGAGCGAGAUGAGCUCAGAGAAGAGGUGGUGAAGCUCAAAGACAUUCUGAAGAAACACGGGAUAGUCUUGGGACCUGACCUAAACAUCAACGGAGACGUUGGUGAGACAGAAGGUGACGGGUCCUCCAGUGCCGACGCCGCCUCCCAGUCGGCCGCAGGUCCACAGACCCCCCCAACGGAGGGCAACAGCAUGCUCGAGAUUCGCCUGAGGAAACUGGUGGAUGAGCGUGAAAGGAUGAUAGAGCAGGUAAAGAAACUGAAGGCCCAGCUGGAGCAGAAGACGCAGAGGAACGGCACCGAGAACACUUCAAGCCCAGAUGGUGAAAUUCUUCAAAACGGCACCGAUUCCAACAUCAUAGAGCUGCAGAGAGAUUCAAACAGACAAAUAAGUGAUUUGAAGUUCAAACUCGUGAAGGCGGAGCAAGAAGUCACCGCUUUGGAACAAAACGUGAGCCGACUCGAAGGCCAGGUGGCGCGCUACAAGUCCGCGGCAGAGAACGCAGAGAAAGUGGAGGACGAUCUGAAGGCAGAGAAACGCAAACUGCAGAGAGAGCUGCGAUCAGCGCUGGACAAGGUCGACGAGCUCGAGUCCAACAACAGCCACCUCUCUAAAAGACUGGAGAAGAUGAAGUCUAGUCGUGGCAUGGCACAGACUCCAUAGAAACGCACACACCCACACACACACCAAAACCGGCCGAUCACUUGGAAACGAGUCAUCCUGCAUUUUUGGGUUUCUCUUCCAUCUGCCUGAUAGCAACAACCACAAGAAAAAGAACAAAAAAAAAAAAUGAAGACGCUUAGUUAUGAUAUCCACAGAAUAGAAACACCAACAAGCAUUGUGCCAUUUCUUUAUCUAUCUUCUGUAUGUUGAGACUCCUUCAUGCGCACACCCAGAAAGUACAUGAAGUGGGGGAGCGGGUGUUUGCGUACCUCGUGACUUUGGUUGAGCCUCUGCUCUGCUCUGCUAAAAGGGGCAGAAAGUGGGCCACAUGGAGGGUCCCGGGACUGAAGACGUGCUGUUGACCAGGGCAGACUGCCCUCUUUCUGCUGCCUCUCGUCGAGAUUCGUCUUGCCUUGCUCGCUCAGAGGACAGAGAAGUUCCAGUGAAGAGCAGCGAACAGCACCAGUGUCCACAUCCCGAGACUGCUAACCCUCGCCGCCGAGAGGACGGGAGCGCUUUGUGUGUGUGUGCUGUGAACGAAAGAGCAAAAUGAAGUGUAUUUUCUUCGUCUGAACUUUUCCCCACUUUGCAUCCAAAGCCAAACUGUUUUAAGAAAUGUAAAUGUUUGGGUGUGUUUGUUUGAGGACAACCUGUUUGCAGACAGAAGGAUCGCUCAGUUUUCACGGAGCGCCGCCUCCCAACACAAAGUAAUCAUCACACCAUCCGUCAGUUGUAGUAACUUCAUGUAGCCAGCAGCCUGAUGCAGAUGACUGGUCGUCGAACGGUUCGACCCGCAGCCCCGCUGCUAAGAUCAGAGGUCGUAUCUCCGAGCUUCUUUCUGCUUCAUUUAGUCAGUCACUGGUUGGCUCUUGUGCACACGUGUAAAUGCUGAGACGUACUGAAGAAAUGUGACGACGGGGACUCAAAGCUGUGUUAGCGGGAGAUGGAUGCUCAGCACACUGGGGAGAUGCUGCUUCACUGUUUACAAAGCUUUAAAAUGUUUGUAAGGAAACGUAACAAACUGUAAUCUUUGUGCAAUAAAAGUUGAAACAGUA